AUGUUGAAUAAAAUCUUGGAACCCCAAAUUAAAGUGCUAGACGAUUUUGAAGUAGUACAUCAUCCGAUAAAAGAGGAGCCAAAUAUUCUAGAUUGCUUAAACAUUAACAGUAAAAAGCCCAAAAAACAAUCACCUCCUAUAGAAUUGGAUGAACCAAUAGAAUGUGACAUUUGCAAUGAAACAUUCAAAAACAAUGUAGCAUUUGCAAUGCACUCAAUAGACCAUUCAAAAGACAACAAAUAUUACUGUCACUUGUGCGACUUCAAAAACACCUCAAAGUACCACAUCGAAAUGCACGUGCGAGCACACGAAGGUACCACCAAGUACAAAUGCGAAAUUUGCCAAAAAGCCUUCACAAUAAGCACCCACGCAAUCGAACACAAAUAUUUCCACACAGGCGAAAAACCAUUCCAAUGCGAAAUAUGCGGCAAACAUUUCAUGUUUUCGUGGUUCCUAACCAGUCACAGACGCACACAACAUUGGGAAAUCGUAACCGGAAGCCCUCUAGUCAAAUACGAUUGCACAAUUUGCAACAAGCAUUAUACGUCAUCAACGGGCCUGAAACGGCACAAUAUGACACACCACGGCUCGCCGGGUGCAGACCAUUCGGUCUUGUGCGACAUUUGCGGCAAACGUCUAUCAAGCAAAGAGAAACUCAAAUUCCACAGGCGAAUUCAUACCGGGUAUAAGCCUUACGCGUGCGAAAUUUGCACGAAAAGUUUUUCCAGAAAGGAGCAGCUGAAAGAACAUGAGCGGGUGCACACGGGCGAGAAGCCUUACAUUUGCAAGUUUUGCGGUAAAGGGUUUACGCAAAGGUCGCCGUUAAGGAUUCACGAAAGGACUCAUACGGGCGAGAGGCCUUAUACUUGUAUGAUUUGUCAAAAGGGGUUUAUUUCUAAGGGCGUGAUGGAUACGCAUAUGAAAAGUUGUUCGGUGGCGAGGACUGUAUAUGAAUCUCAAUUAGUUUAG